AUGGCCACCACGGUCGAUACUAUGACUUUGUCAGAUCGGCAGAGGAAGCCAAAGGAUCCUAAUCUACCUCCGGAGAAUGAACGAUACUUGAGAGCGUGUUCAGAUAUUGCGAGCGCUUUAGUACAGGAUCAUGAAUCUCAACAGGAUCCAAAUGUACCAAGGAAGGACAUCAAUUUGAAUAGUUUACGCGCCAAAAUGUCCAAACGUCACAGGCUCAGCAAUAUUCCACCAUUAACUGCUAUCAUUGCCGCCAUUCCAGAACAUUAUAAGAAAUAUAUCCUUCCAAAGUUGAUCGCAAAACCCAUUAGGAGUGCUUCUGGUAUUGCAGUUGUCGCAGUUAUGUGUAAACCACAUCGAUGUCCUCAUAUCGCAUACACAGGAAACAUUUGCGUCUAUUGCCCUGGUGGGCCUGAUUCUGAUUUCGAAUAUUCUACACAAUCGUACACCGGUUACGAACCUACUUCGAUGAGAGCUAUUCGAGCACGAUACGAUCCUUUCGAACAGGCUAGAGGACGGGUAGAUCAAAUCAAGUCUUUGGGUCACAGUGUCGACAAGGUUGAAUAUAUCAUUAUGGGCGGAACUUUCAUGUCAUUAUCUGAAAGUUACAGAGAUGGGUUUAUCUCCCAAUUACACAAUGCGCUUAGUGGAUACCAGGGAAACAAUGUCGAUGAAGCAGUUCAAGCUGGAGAGAUGAGCAACAUUAAAUGUGUCGGUAUUACAAUCGAAACACGACCGGAUUACUGUCUGCAGCCACAUUUAUCUGCCAUGUUGAGGUAUGGCUGUACCCGUUUGGAAAUUGGUGUACAAUCUCUAUAUGAGGAUGUCGCUCGAGAUACCAAUAGAGGUCACACUGUUGCUGCGGUCGCAGAAACAUUUUGCUUAGCGAAGGAUGCUGGUUUCAAAGUUGUUAGCCAUAUGAUGCCAGAUUUACCUAAUGUCGGAAUGGAGAGAGACUUGGAUCAAUUCAGAGAAUAUUUCGAAAAUCCAGCCUUCAGAACCGACGGUCUCAAAAUUUACCCAACACUUGUCAUUCGCGGAACUGGUUUAUAUGAACUAUGGAGAACUGGCAGAUACAAGAACUACACACCAAAUGCCCUGAUUGAUAUAGUUGCUCGUAUCCUCGCUCUUGUGCCACCCUGGACCCGUAUUUAUCGUGUUCAAAGAGAUAUUCCAAUGCCUUUGGUUACAUCUGGUGUCGAAAAUGGAAAUCUCCGAGAGCUUGCAUUGAGCAGAAUGAAGGACUUUGGUACUACCUGUCGUGAUGUUCGAACUCGUGAAGUUGGUAUCAAUGAAGUCAAGAAUAAGAUCCGUCCUUCUCAAGUUGAGCUUGUACGAAGAGAUUAUACCGCGAACAAAGGAUGGGAGACAUUUUUGGCAUAUGAAGAUCCAAAACAGGAUAUCCUUAUUGGAUUACUCCGCUUGAGAAAGUGUUCCUCCACACAUACUUUUAGACCUGAGCUUACUGGACAACCCACGAGUAUAAUUCGUGAGCUCCACGUUUAUGGUUCAGCCGUACCUGUUCAUGCUCGUGAUCCAAGGAAGUUCCAACAUCAAGGAUAUGGUACAUUACUCAUGGAAGAGGCCGAAAGAAUCGCUCGAAAUGAACAUGGGAGUACGAAGAUAAGUGUCAUCAGUGGUGUCGGGACGAGGGAUUAUUACCGAAGAUUAGGCUAUUGGCUUGAUGGUCCUUACAUGAGCAAGAUGCUACCACCAAAGGAUGAUGAGGAUAGUGAUGAUGACUUUUGA